UCUCAUCCCCCCUCUAGCAAAGCCGUCUCUAGGAUUUCCUCUCUCUCUGCGUCCGCCGCCGCUUCGCCACGCACAGCAGCAGCAGCACAUUGCUCUCUCGAUCCCGGCCAUGGCGGAGGCGGUGGAGCAGCAGCUGCAGCAGGAUGUGAAGCUCUUCAACCGCUGGGCCUUCGAUGAAGUCCAGGUCAACGACAUCUCACUGGCCGACUAUCUGGCGGUGUCGUCGACGAAGCACGCGACCUACCUGCCGCACACGGCGGGGAGGUACUCGAAGAAGCGGUUCCGCAAGGCGCAGUGCCCCAUCGUGGAGCGCCUCACCAACUCCCUCAUGAUGCACGGCCGCAACAACGGAAAGAAGAUCAUGGCCGUCCGCAUCGUCAAGCACACCAUGGAGAUAAUCCACCUCCUCACCGACGCUAACCCCAUCCAGAUCAUCGUGGACGCGAUCAUCAACAGUGGGCCGCGUGAGGACGCCACCCGUAUUGGUUCUGCUGGUGUUGUGAGGAGGCAGGCUGUGGAUAUCUCUCCCUUGAGGAGGGUGAACCAGGCCAUCUACCUCCUCACCACUGGUGCCAGGGAGAGUGCCUUCAGGAACAUCAAGACCAUCGCCGAGUGCCUCGCCGAUGAGUUGAUCAACGCUGCCAAGGGAUCGUCCAACAGCUACGCUAUCAAGAAGAAGGAUGAGAUUGAGCGUGUUGCCAAGGCCAACCGUUGAGUGGAGCUUGUGUCGUCAUGCACUCUUGUUGUUGGCAGGAGUUUUGGUUAUGUUCUACCUGAUGCUUAGACUUUGGGACCUAGCUGUGGUUUUGCUUUGAAUGAACAAUGAAAACUACCGAGAAGAGAUGUCGCGCGGUUGGUGCAGAGAUGCAUAUUGAACUCUUUCAAUUGAUCAAUUCUUGUUCCUACA